AUGUCGGGCGAAACAUUCGAGUUCCAGGCGGAGAUCUCCCAGCUCCUGUCGCUCAUCAUCAAUACCGUCUACUCAAACAAGGAGAUCUUCCUGCGGGAACUCAUCUCCAACUCCUCCGACGCUCUAGACAAGAUCCGCUAUGAAGCCCUUUCAGACCCCAGCAAGCUCGACUCGGGCAAGGACCUGCGAAUCGACAUCAUCCCCAACAAGGAGAACAAGACCCUCACCAUCCGCGAUACCGGUAUUGGUAUGACCAAGGCUGACUUGGUCAACAACCUCGGAACCAUUGCCCGCUCCGGCACCAAGCAGUUCAUGGAGGCCCUGUCCGCAGGUGCUGACAUUUCCAUGAUUGGUCAAUUCGGUGUUGGUUUCUACUCUGCAUACCUCGUCGCCGACAGGGUGACGGUUGUCUCGAAGCACAACGAUGACGAGCAGUACCUCUGGGAAUCGAGCGCUGGCGGCACCUUCCGCAUCACCCAGGACACCGAGGGCGAGCAGCUCGGCCGCGGUACCAAGAUUGUCCUUCACCUCAAGGACGAGCAGACCGACUACCUCAACGAGAGCAAGAUCAAGGAGGUUGUCAAGAAGCACUCCGAAUUCAUCUCCUACCCUAUCUACCUUCACGUGCUGAAGGAGACGGAGAAGGAGGUUCCAGAUGAGGAGGCCGAGGAGAGUAAGGAAGAGGGUGACGACAACAAGCCCAAGGUCGAGGAGGUUGACGACGAGGAGGAAGAAAAGAAGGAGAAGAAGACCAAGAAGAUCAAGGAGAGCAAGAUUGAGGAAGAGGAGCUCAACAAGACGAAGCCAAUCUGGACCCGCAACCCACAGGACAUCUCGCAGGAAGAGUACGGUGCUUUCUACAAAUCGCUCUCCAACGACUGGGAAGACCACCUCGCCGUGAAGCACUUCUCCGUUGAGGGUCAGCUCGAGUUCCGCGCUAUCCUUUUCGUUCCCAAGCGCGCACCAUUUGACCUGUUCGAGACCAAGAAGACCAAGAACAACAUCAAGCUCUACGUGCGCCGUGUCUUCAUCACUGACGAUGCUACUGAUAUCAUUCCUGAGUGGCUCUCUUUCAUCAAGGGUGUUGUCGACUCCGAGGACCUGCCACUCAACCUGUCCCGUGAGACCCUCCAGCAGAACAAGAUCAUGAAGGUCAUCAAGAAGAACAUCGUCAAGAAGGUUCUUGAGCUGUUCAACGAGAUUGCCGAGGACAAGGAGCAGUUCGACAAGUUCUACAGCGCCUUCAGCAAGAACAUCAAGCUCGGUAUCCAUGAGGACAGCCAGAACCGCCAAUCCCUUGCAAAGCUCCUGCGCUACAGCUCCACCAAGUCCGCCGACGAGACCACCUCUCUUCAGGAUUACAUCACCCGCAUGCCAGAGCACCAGAAGCAGAUCUACUACAUCACUGGCGAGUCCAUCAAGGCCGUCGAGAAGUCGCCAUUCCUUGACGCUCUCAAGGCCAAGGACUUUGAGGUUCUCUUCCUCGUUGACCCAAUUGACGAGUACGCCUUCACUCAGCUCAAGGAGUUUGAGGGCAAGAAGCUUGUCGACAUCACCAAGGACUUCGAGCUUGAGGAGACUGAGGAGGAGAAGAAGCAACGUGAGGCCGAGGAGAAGGAAUUCGAAUCCCUCGCCAAGUCGCUCAAGAACGUCCUCGGCGACAAGGUCGAGAAGGUCGUCGUCUCCCACAAGCUUGUUGGCGCACCUUGCGCUAUCCGUACCGGUCAGUUCGGUUGGUCUGCCAACAUGGAGCGUAUCAUGAAGGCCCAGGCCCUCCGCGACACCUCCAUGUCCAGCUACAUGAGCAGCAAGAAGACCUUCGAGAUCUCGCCUAAGAGCCCGAUCAUCAAGGAGCUCAAGAAGAAGGUCGAGGCUGAUGGUGAGAGCGACCGCACCGUCAAGAGCAUCACCACCCUGCUCUACGAGACCUCUCUCCUCGUCUCUGGCUUCACAAUCGAAGAGCCUGCUGCCUACGCCGAGCGCAUCCACAAGCUUGUCUCGCUUGGCUUGAACGUCGACGAGGAUGCCGAGACCCAGGAGGAGUCUGCGGCGACCGAGGCUGCUCCAGCAGACGCAGCAGGCGAGAGCGCCAUGGAGGAGGUCGACUAA